AUGUCGGAGAUCCUGUGCCACUGGCUCAACCAGGAGUUGAAAGUGUCCCAGACCGUGAGUCCCAAAUCAUUUGCAAAGGCAUUUUCCAGUGGCUAUCUAAUUGGAGAAGUUUUGCACAAGUAUGAACUUCAGGAUGAUUUUGCAGAAUUUUCAGAAAAGAGGAUUUCAAGUGCCAAACUUAAUAAUUUUUCUCGCUUGGAGCCAACACUUCACCUUCUGGGUGUGCAGUUUGAUCAGAAUGUGGCCCAUGAUAUCAUCACAGAAAAGCCUGGGGUGGCCAUGAAACUCUUAUAUCAAUUAUACAUUGCUCUUCAGAGAAAGAAGAAGAGUGGACUGACUGGCGUGGAAUUGCAAACCAUGCAACCCCUGACAAACACAAAACUUCAGAACAUGAAAAGUGAGGCUUUUCGAGAUAGACUUAGAAACCUGAUACCACGUCAAACUGAUGUCAGUCUGAUGCGGGUUUCACACAGGUUUCAAGAAAAGUAUAAAUACAAGGACGAAGAUCUUGUCCACACGCAUUUGAAGAAACUUGAAAAUUUUCAAAAACUCCAGGAAGAACAGAGAUCUUUUAAUAUCGAAAAGCAACGCUUGAGCAGAAGACGACAAAAUGAAAUAAUGGCCCAAAUCCAAGCAGCCAUCAUACAGAUUCCUAAGCCUGCAUCAAAUCGUACUCUGAAAGCACUCGAUGCCCAAAAAAUGAUGAAAAAGAAAAAAGAGGCAGAGGAUGUGGCCAAUGAGAUUAAGAAGUUUGAAGCUUUAAUAAAAAAGGAUCUCCAGGCAAAAGAAAGUGCAUCCAAGACUUCUUUAGAUGCAGCAGGCCAGACAACUACUGAUUUGUUAAACACUUAUUCGGAUGAUGAAUACAUUAAAAAAAUCCAAAAGCGCCUCGAAGAAGAUGCUUUUGCACGAGAGCAGAGGGAGAAAAGACGGAGGAGACUCUUAAUGGACCAGUUAAUAGCCCAUGAAGCCCAAGAGGAGGCCUAUCGGGAGGAGCAGCUGGUCAGCCGGCUGAUGCGGCAGUCCCAGCAGGAGCGCAGGAUCGCCGUGCAGCUCAUGCAUGUCCGUCAUGAAAAGGAAGUUCUAUGGCAAAACAGAAUUUUCAGAGAAAAACAGUAUGAGGAAAGACGGCUCAAAGAUUUCCAGGAUGCUCUCGAUCGAGAAGCGGCUUUGGCCAAACAAGCCAAGAUUGAUUAUGAAGAACAAGCUCUCAGAGAGAAGGAAAUGCAUGAGCAGAUUGCUGCGGAAAGAGUGCAAGCUCGUUACAAAAAGCAUUAUUCAAUAUGUGCAGAAAUUUUGGAUCAAAUACUUGAUUUGUCCACUAAAGUGGCAGACUAUCGAAUGUUGACAAAUAACCUGAUUCCAUAUAAGUUGAUGCACGAUUGGAAGGAAUUGUUUUUUAAUGGAAUGCCCAUAUAUGAGCAAGCCUCUCUUAAACAUCUAUCAGCUAAACCCUCUACAGAACAGCUCAUAGAACUGGAGAAAAGGGACUUGCUAGAUAACAAUGAUUAUGAAGAAUAUAAGAACAUGGUUGGAGAAUGGGCCUUACCAGAAGAAAUGGUUGAUAAUAUACCACCUUCCGAUAAUCGUAUAUUGGGCCAUGUAAUUCACAGAUUAAUUGAACAUUCUCUUCCUCCUCAAGUUGAAUCAACAGCACCUGAGUUACCUUCAUUUGCUAUAAAAGGGUGCUUGUUGGGGAAAACGUUUAGUGGAAAAACUACUGCUCUAAAGUUUCUACAAAAAUACUUUCCUAUUGAGGUACUUUCUAUUGACACUCUUGUCCAAGAAGCUAUCCAGGCAUUUCACAACAAUGAAAAGGUCAGUGGGGCCCUACAGCUUCAAAAAGCAGCUGAAGAAAAGGCUUCACCAGUUAGGCAGGAGUCUGGUGAUAGGAGCCAGAAUCUGCACAAUGUACUGUCAGCUGAAGGAACACCAGAAACAGAAGAUGAAACCAGACUAAGUACCAAAAAAACACCAAAAGCCGAAGAAGUUAUAGCAAGUGCUAGUCUUUCUGAACUCACUACGCGUGCACAGCUUGGCGCAAAAUCAGAAAAGCUGCUGAAGAAAGGAAAGAGCAUAUCUGAUACGUUGCUAGUCAGCAUUGUGGUAAAUGCUAUUAAUCAAAUACCUAUAUACAAAGGCUGGAUCCUUGAUGGCUUUCCAAUGACAUUAAACCAAGCAAAGCUUCUGGAAGAAGCUCUCACAGGCUUCAACAGAAACCUCAUAGAACUGGAGGGAAAGAAGUCACAAAUAUCCACGUUGGCUGUUGAUCCCACAGCUUCCAGAGAAGUGCCUCUUCCCCCUUCUGCAUUUGAUUUUGUCAUGUUAUUAGAUAUUUCAGAUAAUACCUCACUGAAUCGCAUGAAUGACAUCAUGGCUGAAGCAUUUUUAAGUGAAACUCCUCAUGAAAAUAUCAAUCAACGUGUAGCUGCUGAAAACCAAGAUAUGGAUGAAGACCAGAAUUUAAGAGACCAAAUACAGCACAGAAUUAUAGGCUUCUGGGACCACUGGCCUUCAUUGGAGCAAUGGUUUACAGAGCCAGAAAACAUUUUGAUAAAAAUGAACGCUGAAGUAGAUGAACAGUCCCUAUGCCAAAAAGUAAAGGAAAUGUUUAUGGCAGAAAUAAUGAAAAAAGAGAAUAAAGCGAAAAAAAAAUCAGAAGAAAAGGAAGCUGAGAAAAAAGAAGAAUUUUCUCUGCCUGAGGCUACACCUCCCACACCACCUGCCCCUCCUCCUUCCGAACCAGAAAAAGAGAAGGAAGCCCAUCCUCCGCAUGAGCGGUCCAAAACUCCCACUGCGAAAGGGAAGCCCGCAUCAGAACCCCCCCAUGGUAAUCGAGAAUCUCCUCAGGAAGGAAAAGGGAAGAAAAGUGAAACUUCACCCAAAAGAAAAGGUUCUCCUAGAGGAAAAUCGCCAGGUGGGAAGGCGCCAGUAAAGAAAUCACCCGCUGACUCCACAGAUGUGUCACCUGUUCCCGCAGUGCCACCCCCAUCUAAGCCAGGAUCAGAAGAGUGGGUGUUCGUGAAUGAACCAAUUCCUGAGGAAAUACCCUUAUUUUUAGUACCUUACUGGAAACUGAUAGAAAAUUCCUAUAUAAAUUCCAUCAAAACAGUACUCAGGCACCUGAGAGAAGGCCAGCACACCGUGCUUGCUUACUUAUAUGAUACCAGAACAGGUUUCCAGCAAUUUCUAAGGCGUCCGGACCACAAGCAAAAUUUUGUGUCUCAGUGGCAGGCUGAUUUCAACUCUCUUCCUGAUGACCUGUGGGAAGAUGAGGAAACGAAGGCGGAACUGCACCAAAGAGUGAAUGAUUUACGGGACCGCCUGUGGGACAUCUGUGAUGCCCGCAAGGAAGAGGCGGAGCAGGAGCGUCUGGACAUCAUUAAUGAGAGCUGGUUGCAGGACUCAACAGGAAUAGCGAUGAACCAUUUCUUCUCCCUAAUGCAGGCAGAACUGAACCGUUUCCAAGACACAAAGAGACUCCUUCAAGAUUAUUACAGGGGAAUGGAAUGUAAAAUCCCAACAGAUGACACUAAGAGACUUACUCGCGUCCCAUUGGUCCAACUGGAUAAUAAAGAUACUCUGGAAUUCCAGCUUAGGAUUCCCCUAGUUCCUCGAAGGUCCAUUUCUCCAGAGUCAGCUCUAUCCAAACCCAAAAUAAAAGCCCUGCUGAAGGGCAACAUUGAUUACUCACUGGAAAAUGUCGAGUUGAACUUUGAGGCUGAUGAGAAGGUGGUGAUGGACACAUGGCAGCAGGCUUCCUUAGCAGUAUCUCACAUGGUGGCUGCUGAAAUUCAUCAGAGGCUCAUGGAAGAAGAAAAGGAAAACCAGCCGGCAGACACAAAAGAAAAACCUCCUCAGACGGCUGCAAAUAAAAAAGUGAAAAAGGAGCCACCCAAGAAAAAAAGAGAGGACAAAAAAGGAAAAGGUAAAUCCCCGCCUAUGGCAGAAUCUGCUCCUGUAAUAACAGUAGAGGAGAUUGCCGAAAUGGAAAGAAAAAACGAACUGAGGCUCAGAAUAAAGGAAGAACAUCUCGCUGCCCUGCAAUUUGAAGAGAGAGCCACACAGUUCCGACUUGAGCUGAUAAAGACAAAAGCGUUGGCAUUCCUGGAAGAUUUAGUAACGAAGGCGGAUGUAUACAAACUCAUGGAAAAGUGGCUCGGUGAGAGGUACUUGAAUGAAAUGGCCAGUGUGGAAAAAUUAACUGAGGUAGCUCGCUAUCACAUUGAAACAUCUACCAAAAUUCAGAAUGAGCUUUAUUUGGAUCAAGAAGACUUCUUCAUUAACGGCAAUAUCAAGGUCUUUCCAGACCCGCCUCCUCCUGUUCGUCCUCCACCUGUAGAAAAGGAGGAGAAUGGCACCCUGACCAUCGAGCAGCUUGACAACCUUCGAGAUCAGUUCUUAGAUAUAGCGCCUAAAGGCGUCAUAGGAAAUAAAGCAUUUGCUGACAUUCUGCUGGACUUGGUAACCUUGAACCUUGGAACAAACAACUUUCCUAGUAGUUGGAUGCACCUCACUCAACCUGAACUGCAGGAGUUAGCGUCAUUACUGGUAAUCAACUCGGAGUUGGUGGACUGGCGGAAAUUCUUAUUAGUGGCCGCGCUGCCAUGGCCCAUCCCUCUGGAGGAGGAGCUCCUGGAGACCCUGCAGCGGUUCAAGGCCGUGGAUGAGGAGCAGUUGGGCACAGUCACUUUCGAGCAGUAUCUGCAGGCUGGUCUGUGGUUUACGGGAGACAAAGAUAUAAAAAUUCCAGCAAAUCCUCUUGAACCUCUGCCAUUCAAUAGGCAAGAGCAUCUUAUAGAGUUUUUCUUUAGGCUAUUUGCAGACCACGACAAAGAUCCACCCCGGCUCGACUACACAGAGAUGCUUCUUUACUUUGCUUGCCAUCCAGAUGGUAUGGAAGGGGUCUACAGGGCCCUCAGUGUGGCCACUGGGUCUCAUGUCUUCCAACCAAUCGAAACGCCUGUUCUUGUUGCAGAAAAGACCUCCUCUUUUAUUGAUAUGAGCCCUACUGAGGAGUAUCCUGAGCCUGAGGACAAUUUUAUUAGUGAAGAAAGGGAAUUACAAGAGGAAGGGGAGGAAAAGGAAGAAGACAUCCCUGAAAAUGCCAACACGGAAAUGAUUUCCAUGGAAACACUGCUCAAAGUGUUCCGAGGGGGAAACGAACCACAGGACACAAACAGAUUUGCCAGCUACCCAAAGACAGAGAGCAUAUAUUCAGAGAAUUUCAUAAAAGUAUUUCAAGACCUAGGUUCCAAGAACCUGGAGCCCAUUGAAGUUGCUGUUCUUCUGAAGCAUCCUUUUAUUCAAGACUUGAUUCGGAGUUAUCCAGACUACAAAAUUCCUGAUAUUAAAGUAGUUCUGCAAAGGAGUGAGCACAUCCAAGGAAGUGAUGGAGAGAGUUCCCCUUCAAGACUUACCGAGGAAAAGAAAUGA